AUGGGGAACUUGCAGGUCAUCAAACAAAAGGCGACGGCCGAAUACGAGAGGACGGACACCAUUCUGCGGGAGUAUCCCAUCGACUUGACGCAUCUGGGCAUCCUCUUCAUGUUGGACCGAUCGAGGCGAUGCAGGUUCUACCUCGAGGACAUCAUGCGCUUCAUUGACCUUUGCUAUGAACGUGAGCAAGGCAACCGGGAGUCGCACGAACUGCAGCAGAUGAUUCUGAACGUCAAGCGAGCGUAUGGAAUGAGCACCCAGGAUUUCUACUUUCUGAUGCAGCGUGCGGCGGAGGAGGCGAACCUGAUGACUCUGGACGAGCACUUUGACAACUGGAUACCAACGGACAUUGUGCAGGAUUUCGUACGCGAGUUCAUGAAGGGCUUCCAGAACUUCAUGACCCAGCUCGGCUUUGAGCCAGGGGUCGAGCUCAAGUAG